CAGAGAUCGAUGGGCAGUGGCCCAGAGGAGGGGCUUCUGCGGCAGCUGAGCCAGUUGGACCAUGAUGCAGGUGAGCAGGGUCUGAGAGCUAGGAGCUGGGGAAGAGGGGAGCCUCCACAGGGCAGGACCCACCCUCUGACUGCCCAUUGCCCACAGAGCUCCGAGGACGCUGAUGCCACCAGGCCCCUGGCUGCGCGCCUGGAGGAGCAGCUGCUGGAGGGGGAGAAGCAGCUACCCAGUGCUGGGCAGGGCCCCUUCUUCUACAUCGGGGGCACCAACGGGGCCUCCAUAAUCAGCGCCUACUGCAGGAGCAAAGGCUGGCAUCGCACCCAGGACAGCCGGCGGGAGGACUACAAGCUCAAGUGGUGCGAGGUCAAGUGCCGGGACACUUACUGCAGCUUUCGGGAAGGUGAACAGCUCCUCUACCAGCUCCCCAACAACAAGCUGCUCACAACCAAGAUAGGGCUGCUCAGUGCCCUAAGGGAGUACUCGCGGGUCGUGAAUAAGAUCAACAAGACAUCUCAGUCCAACCAAGCCAAGAUCCUGAGAAUGGAAGAGUUUUUCCCAGAGACCUACCGCCUGGACAUCAGGGAUGAGCGAGAGGCCUUCUUCGCCCUGUUUGAUGAGACACAGACCUGGAUCUGCAAGCCCACAGCCUCCAACCAGGGCAAGGGCAUCUUUCUGCUCAGGAACCAGGAGGAGGUAGCCGCCCUCCAGGCCAAGACGCAGAGCAUCGAGGAUGACCCUGUCUACCGCAAGAUGCCAUUCCGGGCGCCUCAGGCUCGGGUUGUUCAGAGGUACAUCCGGAACCCACUGCUGCUGGACGGGAAGAAGUUUGACGUGCGUUCGUACCUGCUUAUCGCCUGCGCCAUGCCCUACAUGGUCUUCUUUGGCCACGGCUACGCCCGCCUCACCCUCGGGCUCUACGACCCCCACUCCAACGACCUCAGUGGCCACUUGACCAACCAGUUCAUGCAGAAGAAGAGCCCCCUCUACGUGCUGCUCAAAGAGGACACGGUGUGGAGCAUGGAGCACCUCAAUCGCUACAUCAACGACAAGUUUAGGAAAACCAAGGGCCUCCCCAGAGACUGGGUCUUCACCACCUUCACGAAGCGGAUGCAGCAGAUCAUGGCCCACUGCUUCCUGGCGGUCAAGUCCAAGCUGGAGUGCAAGCUAGGCUACUUCGACCUCAUUGGCUGUGACUUCCUGAUCGAUGAGAACUUCAAGGUGUGGCUGCUGGAAAUGAACUCCAACCCUGCCCUGCACACCAACUGUGAGGUCCUGAAGGAAGUGAUCCCGGGUGUGGUCGUGGAGACCCUGGGUGAGCCCCUAUGGAGGAGCCCCCUCCACACCUUCAGGGCCCUCAACCCCUGGCCACAGCCCCAAGCACAGAUCUCCACAAACCCGGGCCCUCCAACAUAGAAGGGCCUACCUAG